AUGGCAACCCGCCCCGACCCCAGCAAGCAAAGCAUCCCUCUCCGUUCCGGUCCCCCGCAGGCCCAGCGCCCCAACCCGCCCACAACGAACACCCAAAACGUCAACCAAGACAAACCCGUAGGAGCCACCCCAGCAAAGCCAGCUCGCAAGUACGAGUGGCCCAGCGACACCCCACCCGACAUACGCAGCGCCACGCACGGCGCCAUCGAGCUCGCCAUCCGUCUCCUCAAAACCGUCCCCAGCCGCAAGCACCUCGUCGGCCUCGGCCUCGACAUUAUCACCAGCUUCAGCGGCCAGCACCUUUGCCCGCCAGACAUGGACCAGCGCAAGAUGUACAGCCUCGUGGUCUUCUUCCUGAACAGCAUAGACUGCGAGUUCCCCAAGCUCGAGUACUCGCGCAUCCAGGGAGCGGCGGCGCUUUUCCAACCCACCGCCGACUGGUGCGUCCAGAGGUCGGGCGUCCCCAAGGGCCUCCGCGACUGGAAGCCCCUCGCCAGCGGCGGCACGCUCACCCUCGGCGACUCCGUCUUUGGCCCGCUGGCCGCCUCGCGCGAGGAGCGCGCGAAACGACCACAGCCACGGCCACACCAAGAGGGAGGCGUCACGAGCGCGCUGCGCGCGCGCCACGACGAGGCCUACACGCGCCUGCAGUUUGCCGCGGGGACCUGCAUCGCCGCGCACCUGGUCACCUGCUUCGUGGGCCUGCUGACGGGCGCGAAUCCGCGCUAUGUGCGGGAGAGUCGUCCGUUGGGCCACAGCAGCUGGGCGUUCAAGUGGGAGAGGGCCGUGCUGGGCGGGGAGGUGACGACGCGUAUGGAGAGGAGGCAUCCGCUGGGCGCGGGCCAGGGCGGGACGGUGUGGUUGGUGGAUGAGAGGCGGUGGGCGACUAGGGUGGAUGAGGAGUGUGUCAGGGCUGUGGUGGGUUAUGAUUUUGUGCUGCCUCUGGUGACCACCAAGGAGGAGUCUCAUAUCGAGGAGUUGCCCCAGACGAUGGAAGGCGUCCGGGCUGCGCACAUGGCGCAGCUGGUUCACGGUGCCGCUAGGGUAAAGAGGCCUGAGGCCAAGCGUGUCCCAUCGGGCAAUGAUCCAUCGAGCAGUGGUCCCAAUGGUCCAUCCAGCAAUGGCCCAUCGAACAGUGCUUCAAGCACGACCUCGUCCAACCCCCCUCCUCCAAGGAGCCGUCCAACGCAAACUCUCCAAGGUACCGAUUGA